GGCAGCGCUCCUGUUAGUUGGACUUCCUGGUUCGGUUUGUUUUUCUGCAUUGAUCAUGGCUGCAGAGGGCGACUUUCUGGCGAGAUAUCGUGCGGUGUCAAAUAAACUGAAAAAACGUUUUCUCCGGAAGCCCAAUGUAGCAGAGGCGAGCGAGCAGUUUGGUCAGUUAGCCAAGGAGCUGAAGCAGCAGGACUGCCUUCAGUAUGCUGCCUUCUGUAACCUGGCCAUGGCUCGCUGUGAGCAGACUCUUUUUAAUGCUCCUGGAGAGGCUUUGGCGUUAACCGAUGCUGCCCGCCUCUUUCUCUUGUCUGAGAAGGAGAACAGGGCUCUGCAGGCCCCGGGCUUUGAUGAGAACCUUCAGGCUGCACUUAACUGCUACAGUUUUGCCAUCAAGGUGUACAUUGAGAUGAACCAGCCUGUGAUGGCAGCCAGCCUGUGUCUAGAACUUGGCAACGCACUCAAGGAGAUGAAUAGACCAGGAGAGGCUAUUGUUCAUUACCAGAGGGCUGCAGAGUUGCAGACACAGACGCCAAUUGAAGCUCUGCUGUCAAUGGGAGAAAUGGCCACGUGUAAAAUUCUCACCCGUGACUAUGACGGUGCUUUGUCAGUGUUCACGGAGAUGCAGCUGUUGUGCCAGGAGAGAGGACUGCAGCUACCAGGCACCAGCACCCCUGUUGGGGCAUUUCUGGACAUUGUGGCAAAAUGUGAGAUCUCCAGAGUACUACUGCUGAUGUUGCUUGAGCCUCCACCUCAGAAGUUGUUACCAGAACAUGCCCAGACCCUGGAGAGAUACGCGUGGGAGUCUUUUGACCCUCACAGCCAAGUGACCUUCCUGCCCGAUAAUGUUUUCCUGCUCCUGCAGUCUGUAGUGAUGGCAUGUCAGGAGAAAGACACAGAGUCCCUUAAGUCUCUUCAGACAGAGCUAUGGCCAUUUCUGAGUGCUGAGCAGAAUCACCUUCUCCACCUGGUGGUUCAGGAGCGCAUCACACCGUCUGGCCAAGGCAUCUAGUACAGUCCAGUUUCUACUCGCUUCCUCUGGGAACGAUACUUUAUAUAAUGGAACAUUCCUGUUUCUGACUGGGUCUGUUGUAAGGCCUGAAGAUUUGUUUUCAAAACCUUAAAGUUGUAACUUGCACUCAGAAAUACAAGCAAUACAACAUAACUUUGCCCUUAUUAAACAAAGUUACGCAGAUUUAGAAAUCAGUGAAAAUCCAUUAGAAUUUUCUGGAACUGUGUUGUCCUUCAUCACCCCAAUGUGAAGUUAUUUGUCUGGGUGCCAACUUGAGCCUCAAUUUAAAUUAAUUUUAAAGAAAUCUUACUUGAGUGAAGGCUACAGAACUGAACCCGUUCAUACAUAUUUAUCAUGUAAUAGUGACUGUUUAUGAUUUUGUUGCAUGCACAGCAGUUUCAUAAUGAAAUAUUAAGACUGUGUGAUAUUUGUUUUAUUAAUAAAUGAUAUGGCUUAAAUUCCAAUGUAAUUACAAACAUCUCUUGCAUAGUUAUGAAAUAUGCUGAAAUUAAACACCAUUGUCCUCUA